AUGGCGCCCAGCAGCUAUAACAAGGCGGCCGCCGAGUGCGUCUCAGAUGACGCGCUAAUUCACCUCAAGAGCUACAAAUACUCUGCUGUCGACAAGUCGCCAAUAUCCAACUAUGUCAUGAGGCAUUAUUGGAACGCCUUCGUCGAGCUGCUCCCCCUCUGGAUCGCCCCCAACAUGGUCACGCUCAUGGGGUUCAUGUGCAUCCUAUGUAAUGUCGGCGUGUUGGUGGUUAUGAUGCCGGACCUUGAGGGACCGGCCCCGUCAUGGGUCUACUACAGCUUCGCUCUCGGUCUCUUCAUGUACCAAACUCUCGACAAUGUCGACGGCAAGCAGGCUCGCCGCACCGGAACCUCGUCCGGUCUGGGUGAGCUCUUCGACCACGGCAUCGACUCGCUCAAUUGCACACUCGCCUCGCUGCUCGAAACUGCUACACUCGGUCUCGGUACCUCGAAGGCGGGCAUCUUCACAGCUCUCGCCCCGACCCUGCCCAUGUUCUUCUCUACCUGGGAGACCUACCACACGCACACGCUUUACCUGGGCUACAUCAACGGUCCGACCGAGGGCAUCCUGCUCGCCUGCCUGAUGAUGCUCAUCUCCGGCUACUACGGGCCCGGCGUCUGGUCGCAGCCCCUCCGCGAGCUUCCUGUCGCCACAAUCCUCCACUUUUUCGGCCUCUCCGACUCUAUCCUGCGCGACAUCUCCUUCAUCGACAUCUGGGUCUGGUUCCUGGGUCUCUCCGUCCUCCUUACCCAUGUGCCCUUCUGCGUCUACCACGUCGUUGAAGCGCGCCUCUCCCGCGGUCAAGACAUCCUCCCUGUCUUCCUCGAGUGGACCCCGAUGGCCGUCUUCAUCCUCUCCUCCUUCGCCUGGCUCUACUCUCCCUACUCGACCCUCGCCAAGGAAAACCACCUCGUCCUCUUCUGCAUCGUAAUGGCCUUCGUCUUCGGCCGCAUGACCACCAAGAUGAUCCUGGCGCACCUCACCCGCCAGCCGUUUCCCUUCUGGACCGUCAUGCUCUGGCCUUUGGUUGGCGGCGCUGUGCUCGCCAACCUGCCAUAUUUUGGCCUUCCGGCGGUCUCGGCGGCGGUCGAGUACUGGUAUCUGGUGGGAUACUGCGUGUUUGCGGCGGUCGUGUACUUCCAGUGGGCGUGGCUGGUGACGACGAGCAUUUGUCGAUUUUUGGGAAUUAACUGUCUGACGAUACCUGCGGAGAAGCAGAGGGAGUUGAUGGCGCAACAGGCGAGGAGGAAGAAGGAGGGGAUUUUGGGCGGCGAGGGGCCGGUUAUGGGCAAUGGGAGGAAGGCGGAUUAA